AUGGAUCUGAGAGUCGGUAGAAAAUUCCGCAUCGGUCGUAAGAUUGGUAGUGGGUCUUUCGGUGAUAUUUAUCAUGGUACAAAUUUGAUCAGUGGUGAAGAGGUUGCUAUUAAAUUGGAAUCAAUUAGAUCUAGGCAUCCUCAAUUAGAGUACGAAGCUCGUGUUUACAAAUACAUCGGGGGAGGUGUUGGCAUUUCAUUGAUAAGAUGGUUUGGUAAGGAAGGUGAGUUUAAUGCCAUGGUUAUUGAUCUUUUAGGCCCAUCUUUAGAAGAUCUUUUUAAUUACUGCCAUAGAAAAUUCUCAUACAAGACUGUUAUAAUGCUAGCUCUACAGAUGAUAUGUAGAGUCCAGUACAUCCAUGGCAGAUCUUUUAUUCAUAGGGAUAUCAAGCCUGACAAUUUUUUAAUGGGUACGGGAAGACGUGGAUCUACCGUUCAUGUCAUUGAUUUUGGUCUAUCGAAAAAAUAUAGAGAUUUUAAUACACAUCGCCAUAUCCCAUAUCGAGAAAAUAAAUCAUUAACGGGUACAGCUAGAUAUGCAAGUUUGAACACACAUCUAGGGAUUGAACAAAGUAGAAGAGAUGACUUGGAAUCACUGGGCUAUAUGCUAAUAUAUUUCUGUAAAGGAUCAUUACCUUGGCAAGGACUGAAAGCUACAACAAAAAAGCAAAAAUAUGAUAGAAUCCUUGAGAAGAAACUAUGCAUAAGUGUGGAGACUUUAUGUCAGGGUUUGCCCAUUGAAUUCACGGAGUACAUGAAUUACGUUAGAAACUUAGCAUUUGAUGAAAAACCGGACUAUCUUUAUCUAGCGAGACUCUUCAAAGAUCUGAGCAUAAAACUGGAGUAUCAUAAUGAUCACCUAUUUGAUUGGACUAUGUUACGUUAUACAAAGGCAAUGGUUGAGAAACAAAGAGAUUUGAUUGAGAAUGCUACAAGUAAUAGUAAUAGCAAUGAUAAAAAUGAACAAUUUAAUAAGAUAAAAUUAUUAGCGAUGAAGAAGUUCUCGACUCAUUUCCACUAUUUUAACAGUAAUGACCAGAAAAAUCCAACUCCAGAAGAAAUCAAGCAACAGUCAAUUUUAAAUAGUAAUGUGACUGUAUCUUUACCAACAAAAUUAAUGAAUUCAAUUGAUAAAAGUAUGGAACUUUUGAAAAAAAACUCUACGGAAAUUUCGAAACAGCAAACUUCAAAAGAUAUUCAAGAAGAUCAGGGACAAGAAUCCCAGAAUAAUAUCUGGUUAUAA